UCGGCAGCUCUGUAUAUAAGAAAUCUGUGGACACGGUGGACCUUUAACUCAGCGGGGAUGACAAGAGGACCAAGCACCCUAAAGGACUUCAGUUUAUUACAGUCUGCAUAGAUGGAGAACAUGAAGAGUGCUAGGAAAAAUGAAACGGGGGACAUUGGCAGUGAUUUAUCAGAGCAGGUCAAAGCAGCCACUAAGGACAGUCACGUCAGAGCUGAAAACACACAGCUGAUGCUGAGUUACCAGAAGGGUCAUAUCACCCUGCCUCAGUACAAGGUCCUGUUGUGUUCCCUCUACGAGAUCUACAAAGCACUCGAAGAGGAGCUGGACAGAAAUUCUUCCCAUCCAGCUGUGGCACCGAUAUAUUUCCCUCAGGAACUUGCCCGUCUGGAAACGCUCGAAAGUGAUCUGGAGCACUUCUUUGGCCCCGACUGGAGGGAGAGGGUUGUCGUUCCCGCAGCCACAUACAGAUAUGAGCAGAGACUACGACGGAUUGGUAAAGAGAGACCAGAGCUGUUGGUGGCCCACGCCUACACGCGAUACCUCGGUGACCUUUCGGGAGGUCAAGUACUGGGAAAGAUUACGCAGAAAUCUCUAGGGCUGAGCAGCAAAGAGGGCCUUUCCUUCUUCUCCUUCCCCGGCGUGAGCAGCCCCUACCGCUUCAAGCAGCUGUACAGGAGCCGGAUGAACAGCAUCGAGCUGACGGAGGAGGAAAGGGCGGCGGUGCUGGAGGAGGCCGUCGCCGCCUUCGAGCUCAACAUCCAGGUUUUUGAUGACUUGCAGAAAAUGCUGAGUGUCUCAACAGAAACGGUGGACCAAUCAGCGGGCAACGUUGUCAAGACGGCCACGUUCCCAUAUUUACCCAUCAUGCGCACGGUGGGAUUGUGCGUGGUUCUUACAUCUAUUGGAAUGGGAAUCUACGCCAUGUAGAUUCUACCAGCACAUCUUAUACGGACACGUCCAUUUUCUAAACAAUUAAUGCUUUAAACAAAAUUAAGACUGAACAGUGUGUUUCAUCUUUAAAGUAUCAAAUCACAGCUCAAAUAGUGAUGAAUAGUAUGAAUGUCUUUAAUCAAAACUGUUUUUUAUGAUGCAUGUUGAAUAAAAAGGAUCAGUUUGAAACAA